AUGCGGAGAGCGGGAGGAGGUACACGAGGAGGAGCUCCGUGCUCGUGGCUCUUCUUUUGCCUGACGCCGCUGCCGGUCGAGGUCAUCGCCGAGAGCUUCGGGGAGUGGCUGCGUGAGGAGAUCCGGCUCCGGGGCGAGUUGCAGGAGCCCCAUCAGCUGCGGGUGUCCGUCGGCCACGACCCUCGGCUGUCGGGCCCGCGGCUCGGCGCGGCGCUCUUCGCGGGGCUCACCAGGGCCGGUUGCUCCGUCUUCGACAUGGGGCUCGCCACCAGGCAGGCGCCGGAGGUGUGA